AGAAUAGUCAUCAUUAUACAACGUAACGUAUCGUAUGAACAGUCAUGAUGUUUGGAUACAUGGAUCACAUGUGAUAAUCGUCUGUUUUUAUAAAUUAAAAGUGAUCAGAAUCUUGUGUUUGUAUGUAUGGAAUUUGAAAAUCAAAAUGCCCGACAACAAUACUGAACAAUCGUCGAUGAAUGUUCAUCCGUUGGUUGGAUACAUGCAACGAAUAGCGGAUAGAUUUCGAUUCGAAUCCAUCGAACAGGUUCAAGUGCCAAUCGAUCCAAAUGAAACUGGAUGGCAACGAAUAAAGAAAAGUUGGCAAUCAUUCAAUCGUGGUGAGAGUAAUGUUGAAUUUCAAAUCAUCACCAAUGCAAUCAGUAUGGGUGCAUUCAGCGGUUUCGUUUUGGGUGCCAUCACACAAAAUCGACAAGUUUUCCAGUCAUUUGUUCAGAAACAUAAUGCAAACGUUUUUCGUGGUAAACAUCAAGCAAAUCGUCAAUUAACCGAUACAAUAUACAUUGAAUUAUUUACCCGAAGUACGAAACAUGCCAUUCGAUAUGGAUUGUUUGCCGGAACAUUUGUUGGCUCAUUAGUAAUGGCCGCCACUUAUCGGAAUGAUUUAUAUUAUCCAGAUUGUGCCAUGGCCGGUGCUAUGACUGGUGUGAUUUGGAAAGCACAUCUUGGACUACGUGCAACAAUUGUCAAUGCAACACUUGGCUGUAUUUUUGGCCUUUCGUUUGCCGCUAUCAUGAGAUUAAGUAUGAAACUUUCGGGCACAUCCAUCCGUCAGAUGCGCUAUGUCCAAGAAAUUGGUGAUGAUUUUCGUUCAAGUUAAUUACAAUCAAUUAGUGUAAAUAAAUAAAAAGAGGUUAUUAUUUCA